AUGGCUAGCCAACAGGAGGCUUCUGCCUCCCAGAGCUCCAGGCGGUCGGGAGGACGAACUGUGGGACAGUUCAACAUUGGGUCUGAGAUUGGAAAGGGCAGCUUUGCCCAGGUCUAUCUGGGCUGGCAUAAGGAGACCAAGGCUGCUGUCGCCAUCAAAUCCGUCGAGCUUGAGAGGCUAAAUAAGAAGCUCCGAGAGAAUCUCUACGGCGAGAUCCAGAUCCUCAAGACUCUUCGACAUCCCCACAUUGUCGCCCUCCAUGACUGCGUCGAAUCAACCACGCAUAUCAACCUCAUCAUGGAGUACUGCGAGCUCGGCGACCUGUCCCUUUUUAUCAAGAAGCGCGAUAAGCUUGCCACACACCCCGCCACCCAUGACAUGGCCCGCAAAUAUCCUAGCGCUCCGAACUCCGGCCUCCACGAGGUCGUCAUUCGUCAUUUCCUCAAGCAACUAACCAGUGCCCUCGAAUUUUUGCGAAGAAAUAACUAUGUCCAUCGCGAUGUCAAGCCCCAAAAUCUACUGCUACUUCCCUCUCGGGCCUUCCGUGACCAACGGGGCCGCCCCGUCAUGCAAGCCAGUCAGGAUUCCCUCAUCCCCAUUGCUGGGCUCGAGUCUCUUCCCAUGUUGAAGCUGGCCGACUUCGGGUUUGCCCGUGUAUUGCCCUCGACCUCCCUGGCUGACACCCUCUGUGGAUCGCCUCUCUACAUGGCCCCGGAGAUCCUCCGUUACGAACGAUAUGACGCCAAAGCAGAUCUAUGGUCCGUCGGUACCGUCCUAUACGAGAUGAGCACCGGUAGACCUCCUUUCCGGGCAAGGAAUCAUGUGGAGCUGUUGAGGAAAAUCGAGGCUGCCGAGGAUGUUAUCAAGUUUCCUAGGGAGGUUACUAUCACCUCAGACCUCAAGGCGCUCAUCCGGAGUCUGCUCAAGCGAAGCCCGGUCGAGCGACUAAGCUUUGAGAACUUCUUUACGCAUCAAGUCGUCACUAGCGAUAUCCCUGGACUAGUUGAGGAUGACGUCCCUAGGCCUGUUAGACAAGAACCCCGUGAACUGCGAACUAUCAACCAAGGCGAGACAAUGCCGUCGUCACCUCGAAUCAGGCGAUCCUCCGGAAACGGUUCCCCACGGGAAGGAAGCAUUACUAGAUCCCCCCGAGAUCUUCUCACCAGGUCACCCCAGACAGGAAGUCCCGGCGAAGGCCGAUAUCAGCGGCCAUCUGGCGAUGGUCACCGCAUGGGAAACUCUCCCCGCGAAGCUGGCGAGGGCCUAGGGAUUCGUCGUCCGGUUCCUCAACAUACAGUGUCUCUUCCCAACCAGACCCGAUUCCCUGACCGAGGAGCCACGCGAGACAAUGUUUCCCCCCCUAGUUCGCUUCUAAAUGAAACGCGCAAGGCCCGGACUCCCAACCGGCCUACGACUGAGGAAGAGAAGGCUGCUCAGGAUGUGGCCUUAGAGCGGGAAUACGUGGUCGUUGAACGACGACACGUGGAGGUGAAUGCCCUUGCUGAUGAACUGGCAGCAAAUGAGAAGUUUGGCGCUCAGCAAAAUGCCUCUUCGCCACGAUCAGGGCCCAUGACCCGCCGACACACACAGGGAGCUUCCGGUGUGCCUGCAGGUGCAAUCCCCACUCCCUCGUCGCGAACGGCUCUGGUAGCCCAGGGACGCCAUGACCGGCGAUCGUCGUAUGACAAGGCCCUUUCCGCUAGUCCCGGAUCAGCCUCCAGCGCCAUCUCCAAAGCCAUCCAAGAUGCCAGUCUUCGCUUGUUUGGCUUCAAGGUCCCCCCCCUGAGAGGUACCAAGGGCCAGUCGCCGCCGCUGUACCAGCCGUUCCCAGCGUAUCCAACGCCAUCGACUUCAACAUCAGCCGGACUCAUCGGUGACGGCAAGAACGUUGAGAGCAAUGACGAAGAUGGGCGAGCUGCGCAAACUAUUGAAGAGCUCGCCACUAGGAGCGAUUGCGUCUACGGGUUUGCCGAAGUCAAGUACAAACAGCUUGUUCCCAUGGCUCCAUCCGCUGAUCAUGGACUGGGCGGCGUUGAGCCGGACCAGAUGGCUCCUGAGGAGGAUGGGUUGACUAUGGAGGCUGUAGUCUCCCUGUCAGAAGAAGCCUUAGUCCUCUACGUGAAGUCGCUCACACUUCUUGCCAGGGCUAUGGACAUUGCCAGCCUCUGGUGGUCCAAGAAGAGCCGAGGAGAAGUCAGCAGCGGUGUCUCGGCAGCAGUUGCCCAGUCAGUCGUCCAACGGAUCAACGCCGUAGUGCAAUGGGUUCGACAGCGCUUCAAUGAAGUCUUGGAGAAGUCGGAAAUUGUGCGACUCAAGCUCGUCGAGGCACAGAAGCAGCUACCAGAAGACCACCCCAGCCAUCCUUCUAACCACGGUACUGAAUCCAUUGCCUCUUCCACAGGCUCUGGGGCGAAGCAGGUCUACCUCACCCCUGGAAUCAGCGCUGAGAAGCUCAUGUACGAUCGCGCCCUGGAGAUGAGCCGUGCCGCGGCCAUCGACGAAGUAACCAACGAGAAUCUCACCGGCUGCGAAAUCUCAUACAUAACGGCUAUUCGAAUGCUAGAGGCUGUGCUAGACAGUGAUGAUGAGGCUCAUGUGGAAAGGAAGAGGCUUGCUUCCGGCAAGGAAGUUGACAGGGAUGCCGCAAAGGAGACGAGCGGUGACCUUGACAGCGAUGAGGAGGCCCAUGUCCGCAAGAUGAUCAAGAUGAUCACGGGUCGACUGGGUGCCGUCCGAAAGAAGCAACAGAUGAUUGCUGAGGCCAACAGCAAGGCCCAGUACGCCCAGCAGCACGCAGCCCGUAGACGGAGCGGCGAUGUGACUCCGCGCAGCGUUCCCUCGCAUGCAUCGUCGUGA